AUGACCAAAACAUAUCUCGAAACACUUCUUGAUUCGUUGGAAGCCUUCCCCGAUGAAGAGCUAGCUCAUGACCAAGGGGAUGAAUUGUACCUCCGAAAUUGGGGGUUCACAGUAUAUCGGACUGCAUAUGGGCCGGGCUCGCAACAGAAAUGGGACACCUUGAUGGAAACUAUUAAUGCCCAAGCACGCGACCAAGUCAUGAAAAGCCAAGCUACCGAGAACGAUCCGCCAAAUCGGCUAGAGAAAGCUCUUUCGCUCUAUCGUAUGGAUUAUCGCUCUGACAAGGGCAGUCUUGAAGGGAGGACUCAGGACGAGCUACGACAGUAUUACAAAAACGGUGUUGGAGGUGCACCAAUGAAUAGGCGGUUUCACUGGCAUCGACUUUUCCUAGUUGUUGAUGAGGAGGUGCUGGAAACUGGUGGUGGUACUGGUCAGCCCUGGAUUAAAUGCGUAGAUGCGGACUAUGAUCCGGAGGAUUAUAUCCCAAGGGGACGAUUACGAUACCGUUCGCAAGUGUACUUUGGCUGGAUCAAGAUUACGACAAGAAGCUUAGCGGAUCUUUGGAUCGAACAGUUGAGUAUUUGGGGGUUGGAUAGCGUUGUGCACACAGGACAUCCACAUCAUGAACACGUUUGGGAUAGCUACCUCUCUCUCAAAUCGCUAGGUUGA